AAACGUAUCAAAAAAACUCAUCGGUGCCUCUUAACAUUACUAUUAUUUUAUUUUAUUUUAAUGGAGAACAUGGAUCAAAAGGAAGUGUCUAAUAAUGUUCUUUCUCAUACAUCCAAUGGAGAAAAUGCUUGUUCUUCAGGAUCCUGUGUUGAAAAGAAGCUCAGAUUAUUUGGGUUUGAGCUUAAUCCAAGCAACAAUACCUCUACUGAAAAUCUCAAAGUGCCCACUGAAGGAGAUGAAAGUGUCAACUCAUCCACCACCGUUUUCAACAAGGAUAAAACCUCACCGGACUACAAGAAGUUUGAGUGCCAAUAUUGUUUCAAAGAGUUUGCAAAUUCACAGGCGUUGGGGGGUCACCAAAAUGCCCACAAGAAGGAGAGAAUGAAGAAGAAAAGAUUGCAACUUCAAGCGAGAAAAGCCAGCAUCAACUAUUAUCUUCAACCUAUCCAAAACAAUCUGAAUUUCAAUUACCCCCAUGCCUCCGACGCCUGGUUUUGUGAUCCUUCCAUCUAUUCUCCCGAUCAUCAGCUCACUCUCUUCGACCAGGAAUCUCAGAUUAGUUUCAGUUCACAGGAUCAAGAUGCGUCUCAGCUAACAAGCUGGUAUACCAUGCCGACUCAUCAUAUUCCUUUUCAACAAGAUUCUUGCAUGUUCACUUUAACACAGGCUGAAAAAUCCAGAGAUAAAAGGUCCGCGAUUGUGCAGCCUUCGCCUUUGUCUCCCUCAAAACAAAGAUGUAAAUCUUCAAAUCUUCAGUUAGGCCUCAGCUUGCAGAGUGGAAUAUAACUUACUCAUAGUAGAGGCAAAUAGUGCUAUGUCAUCUCCAGGAAUAUGAAUUUUUUCAGUUGAUAUUAAAUUAAAAUUCCCUAUAUGUACUUGUAUAUCACCAGGAAAAAAAUAAUAUAUACGGAUAACACCUCUUUUCCAAU